GCCGAUCAUGCGACGGAAUAUAAGAGUAGUACCUAAAUAAAACAAACCCACCAGACUGACAGACCCCGGCCAGCUUCCUGUGCGAGGCAGGCUGGGUUGGAUGCAGAGGGGUACAGGGUUAUGGACAAUCCGCCAUCCUCCCCUGUCCACCUAUAUACUUGAACCAACCCCUUGCUGACGAAACACUUCACCAUAACACAGCCCUUACGCCCAUAAGAGUCCGCCGUCGAAAGCGAGUUGGCUGGUCCGAGGAUGGAAACUAGACGAGCCUACUUAAAAGCCAACCGGCUCCGCCUCGUCCUGGAUUGUUAACUUAGGUACAUAGAGAACGGACUCGUACGCUCACGUAGGUACCUAUAUAUCAACCUACGAGCGUCGCGGCCAGGUGCAGAGAUCUGCCGCACGCAUUCGGGAGCAUCCUCGGCCACUGCCCCGUAUGACAACUUUCGCAGAAGGACCGAGACUGAGAAACCAAGAGACACCGAAAAAGAGCGUUCUCCUGGCAUCCCUUCGCCGCCCGACACCGUACGCGACGGAAAACCUAGAACCACGGUAACGCUCGCGCCAGCUCGCCCAAGAUGUUGCUCUGUCAGACAGCCGGGUGGCUGGCCAGGCUCUUCCUGUUCCUUAAGCCGGUGACCUGCAGCGCGAGCGGCGGCAACAGCAACGGCAACGGCAACGGCACUGACGCCAACGCCAACGCCACCGUGCCGGCCCCCCCGCCGCCCGUGGCCGUCCCCAGCGCGCCCGCCGUCAACGACCACCGGGUCGUCGUCUACUACCAGACGACGAACCGCAACAACAGCGCGACGAGCCACAUCUCGCUGCUGCCGCUCCUCGAGGCGGCGCCCUCCAUCUCGGUCACGCACGUGCUAGUCGGCGCGAUCCACAUCGUCGACGAGGACGGCGGCAUCCGGCUCAACGACUACCCGCCCGAGAACCCCUUCUUCGACGGCGUCUGGGCCGACGUCGCCCAGCUGCAGGCCGCCGGCGUCACCGUCAUGGGCAUGCUCGGCGGGGCCGCCCGCGGCUCCUUCCGCCGGCUCGAUGGCGACGACGCCCAGUUCGAGCGGUACUACGGCCCGCUGCGCGACUUCGUCGGCACGUACAACCUGCAGGGCCUGGACCUCGACGUCGAGGAGGCCAUGUCGCUCGGCGGCGUGGUGCGGCUGAUCGACCGGCUCAAGGCCGACUUCGGCGACGGGUUCGUGGUGUCGCUGGCGCCGGUCGCGUCGGCGCUGACGGCCGGCGGCGGCAACCUCAGCGGCUUCGACUACGGCGAGCUCGAGGCGUCGCGCGGCGGCCGGAUCGCCUUCUACAACGCCCAAUUCUACUUCGGCUGGGGCGACGCGUCGCGCGCCGCCGACUACGAGGCCAUCCUCGACGACGGCUUCCCCGCCGCCAAGGUCGUCAUGGGCGUGCUCACCAGCCCCGCCAACGGCAACGGCUACGUCUCGCUCAGCCGCCACGCCCCCGUCCUCGCCGAGCUCGCCGCCGAGAACCCCGCCUUCGGCGGCGUCGCCGGCUGGGAGUACUUCAACUCCCUCCCCGGCGGCGGCGCCGCCCCCUGGCAGUGGGCCGCCUGGGUCGCCGACCACAUCCGCUCCGCCGGGACCAAGCGCGACAUCUCGACCACCGAGGCCGUCUGGCGCGGCGUCCGCAAGGCCGGCAGGCGGGUCCGCCGCGGGGCGAAGGUCUACCGAGAUUAUAUUGCUUAGGUGUGAGGCUGUCCGGGUACGGGUACGAAUGGUACGCCCGCUCGGUAUGCGUGUACGUGCUGAUAUGGGCCACGAGGUCGACAGAGGUUCCAAUACUUUCUGAGAGGGGUCUGUGGAAUUUUGGAGUUUUGGUUUUCUCUUAUAUGUACUGCUUCGAUGCCUCUAUCCAGAAUGGCCCUCUCUGUCGGCGUGGGGUGCCUGUAUACCUCGUGCGGGUCGAUGGGGACCCCCCUUCAUUCUAUGCUGGUGCAGGGUGUCUUGUUCGGUUCAUCCAAACAUAUGCGAGUCGCAUUCCGGUAAGCGGACGCCUUGGAGCCAUGCCGAAAGACUGCGACAGCGUGGUGGACAUUACGGACCAUUCUUGCACCACAGCCGUGUUUUCUUUGCCGUCCUUCGGAAGUGGGAUUCGUAACCGACGCUAGCUACG